AUGCAAUACUUACCUGAGAAAGACUACGAGCUUCCUAGGCUUGAUCUGCUCACUUUGUUAUUUGAGUCCCAGCUAUCCCUUACCACCGAGUCAACAAUCCUCCAUGCCGAAGCGGCGGACCCAACAAACCACAUCACAAAAGCCCAGGCACGCACGAUAACCAAGCGCCUCGCCCACGUAUUCCGGUCUGAAUUUGGUAUUGGUGCAGACGGCCCCGGUAAAGAUGCUGUUAUGUGUAUUUCGGCGAAUCAAGUUCUUUUGCCUGCCGUGUUCUGCGGUAUCAUCGGAGCAGGGGGUGUCUACACAGCGGCAUCGACGGCGCUUACGGCUUCAGAAGUCUCAAAGCAGCUAAGGCAGUCCAGGAGUAAAGUGAUUGUUGCGUGUCCGGAGAAUAGGGCCAAGGCGCGGGACGCUGCGCGGGAAUGUGGUAUACCACCGGAUAGGGUGUUGGUACUAGAGAGUAUGGGGCACCGGCGGCUUUUAUGCCAAGGUAAUUUCGGGAGGAAUUACCUGCAAGCAACGGCAGAGCUGGAUUGGGAGCGGAUUGCGGAUAUUGAUGCGCUGGAAAAUACCACCAUCUGCCUGCUCUAUUCAUCUGGGACAACUGGUCCGCCCAAAGGGGUUAUGUUGUCUCACAUGAAUCUUGUUUCCGAAGCCCUAUUCACUCAGUUGGUGUUGCGGGACUCUAAAGAAGGGAAGCCACAUCUGAACGUUCCCUAUCGAACAGUCGGACACCUCCCCACAGCCCAUAUUGCAGGGUGUCUGGGAUGUUUCAUCACACCCGCGGUUGCCGGAGGGACAGUGUACUGGAUGCCCAGGUUUAAUAUCGAUGAGUUCAUUGACUAUUGUAAGAAGUAUGCAGUGACCUUCUUGUCAACGGCCCCGCCGGUUUACCAUGGAAUUGUGCGGAGUGACCGCGUGACAGAUCAGUUCAAGACCCUUGUCCGGGCCGAGUCAGGUGCAGCGCCCCUGAGCUUAGAGCUUCAAGAGCAAGCGGAAAAGAUGCUGGGAUGCACCAUCAGUCAGCGUUGGGGAAUGACCGAAUCCACUGGAAGCGUGACUACCAUGCCCUGGGGACAAUCCGACAAUACCGGGGGUAUCAGUCCGUUACUACCCAAUAUGAGGUUACGGCUCGUUGAUGAACGGAUGAGAGACGUUAGAAGUGGAGACGAGGGCGAGAUCCUGCUCAAAGGGCCGAUGAUCACGAAAGGUUAUUUCGAAAACCCGGAAGCAACUGCAGAAGCCUUCACAACAGAUGGCUGGUACAAGACUGGAGAUAUCGGAGUCUAUAAAGAUGGAAAAAUAAUCAUGGUUGACCGGAAAAAGGAGCUCAUCAAGUACAAAGGAUUGCAGGUCUCUCCGGUAGAGAUAGAAGGAUUCCUUCUCACACAUCCCGGCGUUGCAGAUGUUGCCGUGGUCGGCGCACGCGAUCCAGAGGCUCCAGGUAACGAGCUACCUCGGGCAUAUGUUGUGAUCAAGGCUGGAAGCAGUGUCUCUGAGGCAGAGUUAAAAGAGUACGUCAAGUCCAAUCUGGCAGGCCACAAGCAGCUCCGGGGUGGAGUUGUAUUCAUAGACGAGAUACCCAAAAGUGCAUCAGGAAAGAUCCUAAGAAGGAUACUGCGGGACCAAGCAAGAAGCUCGGCGGGAAGAGAGGCCAAGUUAUAG